CUGACGUCACUUCCGCUGCUGUUGACGCCUCAACUCUCGCGGGCUUUGUUGUGUCAUGGCGGCAAGGUUCGAAAGAGAGUCCAUUUAAGAGAUGGGAAAAUACUUGAAAAAAUUUUCUUUCCCUGCGGUCCCUCAUGACUCCCGCGGCAGUGUUAGAGGCGCGUAUUUCGGCCACUUUUAACAAUGUUUACCCGCGUCCGAGGCUGAGUUUAGAGGCGCUUGUCGUGGCGUCGCAGGCUGUCUUCUUCCCGGCCUGAAAGUGUCCCGUGAAGAGUCGCCAUGCUAUCCCCGGCCGCCGGGCUUCCGUACGCCGAGGUGGACUUUUUGUCCCGCUGGUUGCCUUGCAGCUCCAAGGCCGGUGUCAUCCUCAACGCCGGCCCGGACCUGCGGUACACGCCCCCCUUGGCCACCCCGCCCCAGGAGCCGGAUGAGGGCGAUACCUGCUCCUCUGACUUCGCCCCGCUGGCGACCUCUGUGGACAGCAGCUUCCUGGGCCCCGAGGACCUGUCGGGGCCACCUGGAGGCGACAUGCCUGGGAGUGACAGCCCCAGGACGGGAGCCAGCAGGACCUCACAGGGAGAGGCUGCGGUGUCCCACCACCGCUCACGGGAUCUUUCCGUGACGGCCAAACUGGAAAAGCUGAGGACGUGGCAGAAGGACAUGCAGGACAGCAUAGAUGCUGCUUCGUUGAGACAGAGCCUAGAGGAGCUGCAAGACAGACCCAUAGAGGUGGGCAAGAAGACGUUUGAGGAGUUACUGGAGGAGCAGCUGAUGUUGGAGGAGCAGAGGUUGAAAGAGCAGAAGCUGGACGGAAGGGACUCCACGCACACUAAAAGGGCCUUUCUGAGGCGAGGCCAGGGUCUGUCCAGAUUUACCAACAAGGACAGGAAGACUCCUCCCAAAGCAGCAACCCAGCCCAGCAACUUGGAGAGAGGUGCCAAGAAAGCGUCGCAGCAGCCCCAUCCUGUCCAGCGUAAAAUCGCCACUCUCAACAAGGAAAACCGUCCCAGGGAAACCACUUGGCCGCCCCAGAAUUCCAGUGUGAAAAGCAAGGCAGCCGAGAAGAAGGUGUUGGGCUGCCACCAGAGACAAAACACGGACCGACGCGGGGGAGUUUCGGGUGCUCAAAGCGACCCGGCGGAGGUUUGCCCGGUCCAGCCCGCCGAGACAAAGCAGGCGGGUGUGCCAUCCCAAGCGAGUGGAGCGAGCAUCCGGCAGACAUGCGGUCCCAGAACAGAGUCGGGAGGCGGAGUUCCGCAGGAGUCUUUUGAUGCGUCCUUCGUGGAGAAGGAGCAGCGUUGGGAGUGCGAGCGUCAGCUGGAGAACGUGGAGCUGGGAGAGUUUGAACUCCUGGAGCAAGCGGCCGAGGAGUUUUCCUUCUCCUCCAACUCCUCCUUCGUCACCAAGCUUCUCCAAAUGGAUCAUCAAAACCGGAAGCUGCUGGGUGCAGGCAUGCUGCACCGGAGACGCCUCUCGUCCACCCCCAUCAAGUCCCCGCCCGCCAGAGAGCAGCGCCGCAGUCUUGGAGGCAGUGACGCUGUGCAAAAGAGCAAAGUGAACUUUGACCACAAAGAGGUUACUUCGUCUGCGGCCGGCGGCGACGCUAAAGAGGCGGACCAUGGCGUCACGCCGCUUUGCUUCUCCGCGCCGCCUUGCUUCCCCGCGCCACCUCAGCCCGCGUACAACUGUCUCGCCUACCAGGACGAGGACAGCUGUCAGGGUUCCGACAGCGGUGAGAGCGACGCCAUCAGCAGCAUCGACUCCACGCUGACGGAGGACAAUGAGGCGUUGCUGGACCACCCAGUGUUUCACCACGACGAUGACGACGCGUGGAACGACCUGGACGACACGGCUGUCCACCCGGUUUCCACGGGAGCGGCCAAUCAGGAGCCGGCUCCUCCGACUCCGACUCCUCCUCCUUCCAAACUCAUGUUGACACUGUUCCCGUCACUCAGGCCGAAGACCCAGAAUGCACCUCUUCCUCCGCCCCCCCAGGACAAGAAGACAGACGAGGAGGCGGGCCAGUCCAUCCGGGUGAGGGAGAAGCUGGAGAUAGAGAUGGAGUGCUUCAAGAAGAACAACGAGGUGCUGGCCAGGCUGAGACAAGAGAUGGAGAAGACGCGUGAGAAGAUGAGGAAGGAGAGCGAGGCGUGGGAGCAGCAGAAGGCGGAGCAGCAGGCUGACUUUGAGCGGUACAAGAAGGACGAAGUCAGGAGGCUGCAGAGGGAACGCAAAGUGUUUGACACGCACGCCAGCGCCCUGCGAGCUGCACCAGGCAGGAAGGAGCGAGAGGAGAUCCAGAGGCUGAAGGAGCAGCUGAGCGGCCUGCAGGAGGAGCAGAGGAAGAAGGAGAGCCGCUGGUCUUCCGCUCACGCUCGCCUUCGCCAGCAGAUAGACCUUCUCACCCAGGAGAACUUGGCUCUGAAGAACCAGGUGUGUGUGCUGGAGAAGCUGCGUGUCAGCGCCUUGAAGAAAAAGCAUGUAGGAGCAGAGAGGAGCACUAAAGACGCCCUGCCUUCGUCCAUCAAGGGAGUCACCUUUGCCAGUCCUCUCGACUCCAGAAGGAGCAUCAGUCCUCCACACUGCAGUACUGCAGCGGCCACGAGAGGGAGCUCUAAGGACAACAACCACACUGCACCCCUGAACAAAAGGGUGAAGAGCAGUUUAAGAGCAGCUGCCGAGUCACCGUCAUCUUCAACAUCGUCGCCGUCUUCUUCCUCUUCUUCAUUGUCAUCUUCAUCUCCAUCCAACAAAAAGUACGAUCCGGAACUUUCACAGAGCUGCUCUCCGCAGAGAGACGUGACGUCUAGUGAAGAAGAAGAAGAAGAAGAAGAAGAAGAAGAAUGUGCUCAGGACAUAGUCACACACCUUGAUGGCAAAGUGGAAAAAGUCCUGGCCAGCGGCGAUCGCGUCAUCCUUUUCCCCAACGGGACCAGGAAGGAGAUUUCCUCGGACGGCGUGACGGUCAAGGUGGCUUUCUUCAACGGCGACACCAAGGAGGUGACGGCCGACCAGAGAGUGAUGUACUACUACGCCGACACCCAGACCACGCACAUCACCUACCCGGACGGCACGGAGGUGCUGCACUUCCCCAACAGGCAGACAGGUGACACACCUCAGCUCACCCCCCGGCGAGCGCGGAAGCAGCGCCCAUUCUGUCCUCUUCUCCCUCCCCCAGAGAGGCACUUCCCGGACGGCCGCAAGGAAAUCACCUUCGCCGACCAGACUGUGAAGAACCUCUUCCCCGACGGCAGCGAGGAGAGCGUGCUGACGGACGGCACGGUCGUGCGCUUGAAACCGGACGGCACCAAGGAGAUCUACUUCAACACGGGCCAGAGGGAGGUCCACACGGCGGACUACAAGAGGAGGGAGUACCCCGACGGCACCGUCAAGACCGUCUACGCCGACGGACGCCAGGAGACGCGCUACCCCUCAGGACGGACGCGCCUCAAAGACAAGGACGGCAACGUGGUCACUGACAGCAAACCGUAACCAUGACAACCCUUUUUCUACCUCGCAACUUGCACACUCUUCGACAGGAAGUGCUUUCUAAAAUAGGCCAUUUGUUCUAUUAGAAUUGUCAUGAAAUAGGACAAGUUGACUCUCAGAAAACGAGGAUAUUAUUUCUUGUAAAUUAAAAAAUAUUUGUCUAUUUGUCAUAAGAAUUUUUUCUAACAGUACAGCUAAUAUUUUCAUAUAAUGAGGAUAUGUUCCUCAUAAUACAACUCUUGAAAUAAGAUUUUGUUGUAAAACAAGACUGUAGGAUAUUUUAAAUUCAUAUAACUGCCAUCUAAUUUUUUGUCUUUCAUUCCCACAAUAGCAUUUUUCUCGUAUAUAAAUGUUCUUAUUAUAUCAUACAGUGUUUCUCAAACUUUACACCAAGGACCACCUCAGAAAACUACUUUAAUGACCCACAUUAAAACUCAGUAGCGUAGUAGACUCAAGUAUUGAUUAAAACCGCAUUAAAGUCUAUUUAAUAUUUUUGGCCACGCAGUUUGAACAGUCACACCUUGUUGGAAUAUUUGAGUAGGUGAUUCUUUGGCGUGCCACUAGAUGGAGCCAGCGUACCACAGUCUGUUGGAAAUAUUUUAUUUGUCACAGUCUGAAGUUGACAUAAUGUAGCGACGUCAAUCUUGUAGUUGUUUUAAUAUUCCUUGCUAGAAUUUCUGUCUUGCACAUAUUUUGACAAACUCGCUGCAGCCGUUGUUCAUAAUCCAAUCAUUUGUUCAUAAUCCAAGUACUAAAAUAAGUGAGUGAGGGGUGCUGCCUUUAAAAUGACAGGAAACAGGACUUGUUCUUGUACAGUUUAAAAUAUAUAUAUUUGAUGUUUGUUCACUUUGUUGAAGAUGUUCUUAAUAAAUUAAAUGUUACAAAUAUUAA